CAACGACGUAGUCUUGCAGAAGAGCCGUGGCAUGAAUUGAGUCUACCUUUGUUUCUACAACCAUACCCUCGACAUAAAACCAUUGUAUAUACCGCAGCCGUGACAAGUGCCGGCGCAAACCACUUGCUCAUAAUCCACCCUCCAGUCGAUUCCAUCGAGGCACCACACGUAUUGCACACACAAGAUGCAACCGUUCAACAAACUCGCCGGCGUAGAUGAUGCCUCGAACAUUCAGAACCAUCCACCGCCACCUCCGAUCCCCGACGUCGAAUCACAAGCGACACACAGCCUGCACUCACGACCCUCUCGAGCCUCUCUGCCAGUAAACCGCAAACCAAGUCGACGAACCCUGCACGAACAAUCCAGUCGCAACUCCCUCAGACCCCCGAGUCUACACCCUAGUCUCUUGCCUCCUAGUCCAGGCUGGCAAGGCAUACCCGGUGCAGACUACACCGCCAGCGCCCACAGCCACGACACUCAACUAGAAGAUGAACUCCCAUGGGGCCCGUCGCAUCCGUGUUUCCCACACCUAAACACCCACGUCGCCAUGACUUCACCACUCUAUUCCGCAACUCGCGUCAUCAGAAUCCAACGAGACUGGCUGGUCGCAGGCGACCUCUACCCCGCCCUCCAAAACCUCUACCCGGAAAUCCUGGACAUGUGCAUGUCAGAGUCUGAAUUCAGAAAUGUCAUCGAAACGUUAAACCCAAUGCUGAAACAAGCCUUUGAGCCAAACACUUGGGGAAGUUGGUUUGAUGCCUUGAUGGGUGUUGCGACGGGCUUCCUGUGGGACAACUUUGGCUGGACGGGUGUUAAGAGAGGGGUCAAGCACAUGGAGACGUGGGUGGAGGGUUGGAAUCUUGAGGCUGAGAGGGAGGGGAGGGAGGUGAGGUUGAUUGAUCUGAGGAGGACGGGUUUCUUGAGUCUGGAUAUUCAGAUUCCGGAUCCGCAUGUUGAUAUGGGAGAAGGAGAUGUCAUGUCCGUGUGAGCAACACAUGCUGUAUCUGACUUGGGCUGUGCUGGAGUGCCAUCGUUGUUCGGCUUACUGGGCUGUAACUACGGAGGGUGCAGCUUUUCUUUCCUCGUCUCUUUCAUUAUAUAGCUAGGAGUUUGGGAUGGAUACCCAUAUGCACGUACUUUCAUCACUAAUAACACAUCAUUCGACAAGUGGAC